UACGUGGGAUAUCGCCGGUCCGUUCAACCCCGGCCCAUCUUUCUGUCUCUCUCCUCCCCCCCGGCCCAUCUCUCUGUCUCUCCUCCCUUGGUCUUCCUUUCCUGGCGGCGAGUCCGGCGACUGCUGGGCGAACGCCGACGCCAUCGGUCACGCCGUCGCCCGGCCCUUUGCCGGCGCCGAGCAGCCACCAGUUGAGGUUUCCAUUUCUUCCUCUGGAAAUGCAUCCCCCACUGACUUUACACAGGCAUCCUAUGUGCGCUGAGAUUAUCGAAGAAUUCCAGAAGUGCCAUUUGGACCACCCUGUCAAGAAGUUCUUCGGAGAGUGCACAGACCUUAAAAUCAAACUAGAUCGCUGCUUCCGACAAGAGAAAGCUUUGAAGAGAAAGGCAAACUUUGAAGAAAGCAAGAAAUUUAAAGAACAGCUGCAGGCCUACAAAAGAGAAAUUGCAGAGGAAAACCAGGAAUAAGAACUUGGAACAAAGGUCAAGGAACUAAAGGUGGAUGCUCUUUAUCUGUGGCAGGAUGUCCUCAGUUGCAUCAAGUGUGCUUGAACUGUAUUGCUUCUAGAAAAAAACUUUCACACGAUGAGCGGCAGCUAAAACCAGCAGUUAGAGGUUUACGUUCUUCAUUGAUUCUGAGAUGUGCUGCUUUUUCCAUGUUCAUCCAUGCUUAUGUAAUAACAAUGAAGCUUUGUAUCAUACAUAGACAAAUCACUUUUAUUGCUUAAUACAAGCGGUUUUAUUAGGAAUUUUGCGUCC